AAAUGCGUGUAGCAACUCGGUGAUAAUAACAGGCCGAAGAUGGCUGCGUCCAUGUGUUUCCAGACUUAUCUUCGAAUCUUGCCCGUUAACUUCGUAAGACAGGCCUGUAAAUGUGAAUUGAGCACGAGAAUAUCAUAUAGCUGUGUCACUACCGCUAGGAGUUAUUCAUCCACGAUUCAAGAUAAGAGCACAUCGUUACAAAGUGGGCAUCUGGAAAGUGAUUUAACAACAGAAAACUUAGAUUUCAGUGUAGAUUAUGCCAAAGUAAGGAACAUUCUCCGACCAAGUCCACUUAAAAAUGAACCUUGGGAGGCAGGUAAUUGGACACAACACAGUAAACGAUGUGGAGUGAUUGCUGUCAAGUUGGGUAUGAUGCCGCUCUGGACGAAGCAAGGAGAAAGAUUACAAUGUACACUUUUACAGUUACAAGACUGCUGUGUUAUAGAUUAUAUACCUCCAGAGGAAACCCAAGAAAAAUAUGGUUAUUUGUAUGUUGGGGCUAAAAACGCCUCCCCACUUUAUGUAGGAAAGGCUUAUGCUGAUCUGUUCAANAAAGCGUGUGUUCCAGUUAAACAAAAACUACUUCGGUUCCGAAUAACUGACGAUGCAAAAUUACAACCAGGCACACCUUUAUAUGCUGCUCAUUUCAGACCAGGCAUGUAUGUUGACGUCACAGCACGAUCAAUUGGUCAUGGUUUUCAGGGUGUAAUGAAACGCUGGGGAAUGAAAGGUCAACCAGCUUCUCAUGGUGCUACUAAGACGCAUCGAAAGAUGGGUGCUACUGGGGGAGGUGGGAAACCAGGGAGGGUGAGGCUUGGAAAGAAAAUGGCGGGACAGAUGGGUAACCAACUGAGGACAGAAGUGAAUCUACAGGUUGUGAGGGUGAACACACGAUAUAACAUAAUCUACGUCAGCGGUACUGUCCCAGGGUUCCAUACAUCAUUUGUGGUCGUCAAAGAUGCAAGAAUUAAUCGUGUGAAACACCCACCAUUCCCAACGUACGUACCUGACCGGGAAGAGGAUCUCCCCGAAGAAUUGUACGAGGACGACCUAUUUUCUUUUGACCAUGAAAGCAUUACAUUUGAAGAAGAAGUAGAUAAGUAGUAUGAUGUCAUAGACCCCGCUCAUUCACUACGUGUUACUAAGUUGAUCGUUUAUAUGGACAUAGCAAUGGUGAACGGUACGGUGAUGGUUCCUGUAAAUAGUAUUUUAUUUCAAGAAAUAAAAAGUUGAACCAUUAAUCAGUGCA